CUCAUCAAGCGUGAUCCAGAAUCAUACAAAGAAGAGUUUUUACAACAAUACAAUCAUUACAAGUCAACUCUAGAAGUUUUUCGUUUGACACCUGAAAAAUACAACAAGAGCCUUGAUGAAUUGGUUAUGUUUUUGGCCCAGGUAUAAAUAAUUGGAUAUUUUUGAUUUAAUCAUUUACAAAAUGGAAGCGUGCUUGAAAUAUUUUGAAAAUACCAUUCUUUGUAGAGAAAAAGUUCUAAGAACUUUAUACUCAUUGAUUGGUAACUCCUCGUUUUACGACGAACCAAUUCCUCCAACUCUUCUUUUAUAUGGUCACAUUGCCACAGGAAAAUCUUUAAUUAUAGAAUCACUUUUAAAAUAUCUCGAUUACCAUUAUUCCAUUAUAAAUUGCAUCGAGCAUCCUACACCUAAAAAUUUAUUUCAAUUUAUUUUAGAUGAUUUAACAAAUACCUCAUCGAUAAAAUCAUCUGAAGAUAAUGAUAAAUUAAAAUGUGAUAACAUGAUGCAAUUCAUUAAUCAUCUUCAAAAAAUUAAUUUCGAAAAACCAGUAAUUAUAGUACUUGAUAAAUGCGAAAGAUUACGAGGUAUGAAUCUAUUGGAAGUAUUUGUAAGAUUAAGAGAACUAACUGGAUUAAAUAUUUGUACUAUUUUUAUAACCGAUCUAGAAUGGGAUAAAUGUUAUACCAAAAUGAUUGGAGGCGAUGAAUACAAACCUAUUAGAAUAUUUUUCCCCCAAUAUACGAAAGACGAAAUAUUAGAAAUUCUCUUUUUAUAUAGACCUGCGGAAAGUAGUAAUUAUAGCGACGACUUUUAUCGAAAUUAUCUUAAUUUAUUUUUGUCAGUAUUUUAUCGUUUCUGUCGUGAUAUAAAUGAACUUCGUUAUAUGGCUAAAAUCAAUUUUGUCAAAUAUAUCGAGCCAUUUAAAACUGGACUAUGCACGCGUGAAGAUAACGUACAAUUAUUAUGGAGAAAUAUUUCUCCUAUUUUUAAAGCUAACUUAGAAGUAAUUUAUUUAAGAAUUUCAUCUAGUGAUGAUUACUGUACUACAACUCAAUUUUCUCCGGACUUUGAAUCAACUACAAAAUUAGCGUUAAGUUUUGAACUGCCAUUCUAUGCUAAAUAUCUGUUAAUUGCUGCCUACUUAGCUUCUCAUAAUCCCCCAAAAGAAGAUAAAAGAUUAUUUAUGAAACAAAAAAUUGAUGAUGGUAAAAAAAAGAAGAAACGUGUAAAUCGAUUAAAACCUUCAAAAGCGACAAAAAAACCAACAGGCCCACGAAAUUUUCCACUAACUAGAAUGCUAGCAAUAUUUUGUACUAUUAUAGAUGAAAAAGUAGAUCUUAAUGCCAAUUUGAUAGCUCAAAUUUCUACGAUGUGCCGAUUAGGUUUAUUAACAACAGUUGGAGGAGAUUAUUCAGAUCUAGAUGAGCCAAAAUUCAAAUGUAACAUUAAUUACGAUUUCAUUGCUGUUAUAGCUAAAACAGUUGGUUUUACCAUUAGAAACUAUUUGUGUGAUUUUAUUAAUUAAUAUUAUUAUUUACUUUUUUACUUACUGAUUUAUUGAUUGUAAUCUUUAUUAAUAAACAAUUUACAUAAAAUAA